AUGACGCCUGCAAACAGACAGGGUGACGAUUCCGCUGAUACUCCAACAGCACGUAAAAAAGAUUUGAAAGCAACCGAGCGCACCGCCAGCAGUGAUGCGCUGAAUACUCGGGAGAGUGACAGUAGCCCGCAGCUAUUCCAGCCGUACAGCCUUACGCCAAUACGGGCAGGACGGGGGUCUUUGACGUUGGGAGCAGCUCCGGGAGAGUUGAACCCGCCGCCUCCACAGACGACGAACAGAAUGAUACGAAGUCAUAACUUCAGAGCGCAUCCGACGGCACGGGCACCGCGGCAGACAACAGUGAGGGGUUCACAACUGUACCAACAACACCACUAA